AUGGAACUCAACCGAGGACAUUUUCCCACCAUAAUUUAUUACAACUUUCAGAGACAAUUAUCGCAACAAGAAUGCCUUGCUGAGUUACUGUAUGUUUUCGGCAACGAAGCGCCACAUCAGUCGACAAUUUCCCGAUGGUAUGGAGAAUCCAAACGUGGACGGGUGAGUCUUAGCGACGAUCCUAAUGCAGGUCAUAUUGCAACAAUUCCUCUUAAUGAGCAAAGAACUGUUACUGCGGAUUGGUAUACCACCAUUUGUUUGGCAAAAGUCAUCACCGAGCUUCGAAAAAUCAACCCCGAAAGAAGAAUCAUCCUCCACCAAGACAAUGCAAGCUCGCACACAGCCCAAAAAACAAAGCAGUAUUUAACGGAAGAAAACGUGGAAUUAUUGGACCAUCUUCCAUAUAGUCCCGAUCUAAGUCCUAACGAUUUCUUUACUUUCCUUAAAAUUAAAAACAGACUGCGUGGUCCAAGGUUCCAGUCACCAGAAGAAGCAGCUGACGCAUUCAAAAAUGCCGUUUUGGAUCUGCCAGCAAACGAGUGGAAUAAGUGCUUCGAAAAUUGGUUCGAGCGCAUGCAGAUGUGUAUUAAUCUUCGUGGAGAAUACUUCGAAAAACAAUAAAUUCAUUUAUAUC